AAGAUAAAGCUAUGCCAUCAUGAUCCUGUUAGUUUAUUCCAACCAAUCUCUAUUUUAACAUGUUCAUUUGAAGUAGUCUCUAUGAAUUUUAUAUCUGAACUUCUGAAAUUAUCAGAAUAUAAUAAAAUUCUUAUUAUAAUUGAUAAACUCACAAAAUUUAGCAUAUUCAUUCUAUAUAGUAUGAAAAUCACUGAAAUCAAGACAGCUGAGCUGUUUUUUCACUAUAUCAUAUUCAAGUUUGAGAUUCCAGCAUAA